AUGCUGGCCCGAAAAGCCUCCCUCAACCAACUCACCCAGAACUCGCUGGCAUCUAUCCCUGACGGUACGGUGGGCUAUGGAUUAGGGAGUCCUACGAGAUCUACCCGGGAUGACUAUCGGGGUCGAUCAACCCCCAUCGGAGCUGACGUCGAGGUCGGUGACGCUGUCAAUACUCCUGGUGGAAUGCACGGAACUGUCAAAUUUAUCGGGAAUGUUAGAGGAAAGGCGGGAAUAUUUGUUGGAGUGGAGCUGGAUCCAGACAUGUCUGGAAGAGGCAAGAAUGAUGGCGCAGUCGAUGGGUGGGUGCUUCCCUUCGUUUCCUUCUUCUUUGUUUGUUUUCCUGUUUGUUAUGGGCGGCGAGGCUCUGAAUUGAAAUUUAUUUCCAAGCACCGUGGGGGGUAUGCACUCUGGCCACCUUUUGUCCGGUGCUUGUUCCCGUUGUCUUGUUUCAACUGUCGGAUCAUCCUUUGCUCGGGCAAUUCGUUUCUAAGCUCUUUCCCUUUUUUUUCUUUUUUUUCUUUUUUUUCUUGCUGCAACUAUGAAGUGGUCAAGGUCGUCUAUGGGAUCUACUAACACAAUCUACGAGAACGAUAGAGUUCGCUACUUUACUACUGCUCAGCCAAACUCCGGUAUCUUCGUUCCGCUAGCACGAGCAACGAAACGGCAUUCGGCCUCAUCCUCAAAUCCUCCACCAACACCUACACUUUUGAGCCUCCCUUCGCCCACAGGACCCACACAGUUAACACCUCCGACACCUUCAAGAAAUCGCCCGGAAUCUCCUGCACAUCGCUUCGCGAAUGGAAUUGGGAAGGCUCCAACUACUCGACCGUCAUUACCAAGACCUGAGAGUCCUAUGCGAAGAGGGACCCCCGGCCCUGGUUCAAGACCUGGCUUGCAUCCGCCAGUAACCCCACGAAAUGUUUCUUCAGCUGCUGGUGGUCGAUUUGGCGCUCCUAGUCCUACACCGGGGAAAUUAGGUUAUAGUGGCCGAGCAAGAGCUAGCAGUAUUGCUUCAACGGCGGACGGAAGGCCGGGCACAUCGGGGGGUGGUGCCCCACCACUAAGGCUUGCACAAACACCUACCGCGCGUGCUCCAUAUUCGUUGGGGUCGAAACAACCCAAGAACACUAUGGGGUUGAGUCAGAUGAUGAGGGCGGGGAGCUCAAUGGGUAUGAGAAGCAUUAGCUCCCUCGAUCGCCAUAUGGAGGAGCACCAUGAGACGUCGCCAAUAGACUCGGGGAUUGGCAUGAGCAGGGUGGAUGAUUUAGAUAAUUCAGUGGCCACCUCGGUACUAGAAUCUAAGCUAGCGGAGAAGGAUGAACAGUUAAAGGAGCAAGCGGCAGCAUUACUGGAGAUGGAAGCGUCAUUCACGGAGUUGCAAUCUCUCGUUCAGAAUGCCUCCUCUCCGCAGAUGUCACAUUUUGCUUCCCCGACUAUCCCUACCAGGUCUGGCUCUUUUGAGGAUGCGGAUGCUAUUCAGUUGAGGGCUUUGCUUCGGGAAAAGAAUGAAAAAAUUCAGCUUCUUACAGCAGAAUUUGAUGCGCAUAGAGCAGACUUUAGGUCGACUAUUGAUACCCUGGAGCUCGCUAGUACGGAGACAGAGAGGGUAUACGAGAAACGGGUUGAUGACCUUACGGCAGAGAUUCGGGAGCUACAGGAUAGAAAUGAUGAUGUAGAGAGUGUGGCACGCCAGUUGAAGCAAUUAGAAGAGCUGGUCGCGGAGCUAGAAGAGGGGUUAGAGGAUGCCAGGAGGGGAGAGGCGGAAGCUCGAGGGGAGGUGGAAUUCCUGAGAGGGGAAGUGGAGAGGAGUAGAGAAGAGCUCCGGAGGGAGAAAGAAAAGAAUGCUGCUGCCGUGGCAAACGCUGCCGUUGGGAAGAUGAUGCGCAGUACCUCCAAUAACGAUGAGGUUGAGAAGAGGGACGAUGAGAUCAGGGGUUUGAAGGCCAUUAUUCACUCUCUGAGCCGGGAUACGAUAUCCGCCGAUGAUGGUACGAAUGGUGGUCACCCACAUCUUGACGGAGUCGGUGCGGCAAGGAAGUUGGGGAGCAAUGGAGAGGUGGGGGAGUUGGCCAUGGAGCGCAUGUCUCGAGAGAAGUUGGAGAAGGAGGUUGGGGACUUGGGGUCAUUGAUUGAAAGACGUGCUGCUAGAGAGGAGGAACUUGAGAAAGAGAUCGAGCUUCUCAAGAGGCGCAAGGAAACCCGUAGCACCAUCACUAAUAACUCUGAGAAAACUGUCACAGGUUGGGCUGGACGGGAGCGGAGGGAUAGUGGUAGAGACUCCCGGACAACUACAGGAAGCUGGAGAAGCAAGCACCAGCCGACAUCCUCUGCAGCAUCCUCUUUGUUGCAACAACCUGCUCCUCCGGUCGAGUCGUCAUUGCUCGCCGACGAUCUCAGUAUGACUAGCAGUGGCGGCCUUACUCCCACCACUGCUGAGGAUUCUGAGUCUGCUGACGGCAGCGUCCUCUGGUGCGAGAUCUGUGAGACUGCAGGUCACGACAUCCUCACAUGUACCAACAUGUUCGGUUCCGCAGCUGGAGGCCCGGCAUCUGCUGGGCCAGAGGGCGAGAAGACCGCUGCUGCCGCUGCUGCUGAGGAAGCUGAUGGGGACGAAAAGUCCCCGUACGUAACAUCGCCGAUCAUGGAGCGAGGUGCUAGCUCUGGCUCUGCAUUCCCUGAAUCCUCGACAGAUGAUGAUGCGGACUUUAAGAGCGCUAUUUCGGAAAAGAAGAAGAGUGUUCAUCUCCCCCCUCCACCACCAAUGGUAGACGGUAGCUUUGGACCUAUGGCUGGAAAGGAAACUGGUAUCAUUGAUAUGAACAAGUGGUGUGCUUUGUGCGAGAGAGACGGUCACGAAAGCUUUGAUUGCCCCCUCGAUACUGAUUUC